AUUAAAAUAAAAAAACAAAAAUGAUAAAUUAUUCAAUAAAUGAGGAACAAGAAUAGGAUCUUUAAUUGAAUCCAAAUGAUUGUAUUUUUCAUGUUAAAAAUGGAAUCACUACUGAUAACAAGUAAUAAUAAACAUUUAGUAAUUUCAUAAAUCCAAUUGAUGCCAGUUAUGAUGAAAGUUUAAAAUAACAAGACAAAUAAGAAGAAAUUAAUUAAUAAUAGGUUUAGAAAUAAAAAAGUUUUGAAAAAGAAAGAGAUUCUAUGAGGCUAUAUGUAAAUCGAUUUUAAAAAAAUUGGGGAACAAUUGGAUUAUAGAUAUUACAGGAAUCUUAUCAAUAUAGUAUAGACAUUGAUAAGAAAAGCUCAAAGGAUAUUUUGAAGAGAAUUUUAUAAGAUCCUACAAAAUCCACACACGCUUUAAAAGUUCUUUAAAAUCCACUUUUUUAUAAGGAAAUCGAAUAGCUCUAAAAUAAACCACUCCAAGAAUUAAUGAGCAUAUUAAUCGGUAAGUUUUUCAAACAUGUUAAUCAAGAUAAAAAAAAAAAUUAUCAAUCUUUCAUUAAGCUAAGAAAAGUAGAUAAUCAUAUAGAUUAACUUCUUAGAUUAUUGUAAAAUAAAAUUCAAUUUAAUACUGAGACCAGAUAAAUGAAAAAAAGAUCUAAAUGAAGUUAUUAUAAAAGUGAUUUGAGGC